AUUAAAAUGGCUUCUCAAUUAUGGUCAACAUAACGUAAAAACUCCACACCCACAAAAUUUAAUAAUCCUGAACGCGCUUCCAUUUGCCACACGAAACCAUUUUCUUCCUCUCUGUUCUUGUUUAUCAUUCUCUGAACCUUAAUAUUUUCUCAUGAUGUAAACAAACAAUUUUUUAAAAGAAAAAAAGAAAAUCAUCAUGAUUCAGAUCAUUUUCUUCAGCUUUCUGGUACUAAAUUUUUUAACUCUUGAGGUCAACGGUCAGCAAAAUUAUUCAGGAACAGAAUCACAAAAGUGUGAUAACAUCGAUGAAUCAGGGCCUUCCCCAGCCAUACUUUACACUUGCAACGGCCAAAAUCGGUUCUGCCAAUCCUUUCUCAUCUUCAAAUCUCAACCAUCUUUCAAUUCGGUUCGAACCAUUUCGAACCUCACGUUAGCGAGCCCAGACGAGCUCGCCAGACUCAACAAGGUUAAAAAAUCCGAAUAUUUUGCUUUAAACAAAGAGGUAAUAGUUCCAGUUAAUUGUUCUUGCGCAGGUGAGCACUACUACCAGGCCAAUGCAACACUAAUCUUAAGAGAGAACGAUACAUAUUUCACCAUCGCAAACGGCGUAUUCCAAGGAUUAAGUCCUUGUAGUUCUCUUCGUCGUGCCAAUUCACAAGAUGAACAUAAUUUACAAGGCGGCAUGGAACUGAAAGUGCCUCUUAGGUGUGCUUGUCCGACGAGGAACCAAAUCCAAAACGGCACCAAAUAUCUCUUAACGUACCCGAUUAGCAAAGGCGACGAUAUUGCAAAAAUUGGUGAGAGAUUUAAUGUUAGUGCGAAAAGCAUACUCGAUGCAAAUGGGUUUUCCGAGGAGAAUCCGAUAACUUACAGUAAUACGGCAAUUCUUAUUCCUCUGUCUACUGAGCCUCUAAUAUCUCAAACCAAAUUAGUUCAUAAGGGUUGCGAUUAUAAGAAACCCUUCAGCUCUUCAGAGACUAAAUCGAAGAAGAAAUUUGAGGCAAUUUUUGGGAUUACAGCGGGUUGUUCUCUGCUAGUCCUCUUUGUCGUUGUACUGGCUGCUGUUUCGGUUUACAGAAAGAGGUCAUCAAAGGGUUUAUUGUUACCUACUAAUAGGAGAACGACAUCAAAAAGGAUGUCGCCAGAAGAUCUCCGAGUCGAGAUAGCUAGUUUUGAAAGAGUUCUGCAAAGGUUUGGAAUCGAGGAGAUCAAAAAAGCCACUGACAAUUUCAGUUCCGAGAAUCGAAUCGUGGGUUCUAUCUACCAUGGGGUGUUUGGCAAAAGUCAUGUUACUCUAGCGGUUAAGAAAACCAAAAGAGAUGUGUCACGGGAAGUCAACAUUUUGAAAAAGUUGAACCAUUUCAACUUGAUCAAGCUUGAGGGUGUCUGCAAAUACAAAGAGCGCUCUUAUCUCAUAUUCGAGUACAUGGAAAAUGGCUCAUUGAGAGAGUGGCUUUCCAAAAACGACAAAGAAAAAGAUUGGAGCUGGAAUAGGAGGAUUCAGAUUGCUUUGGAUAUUGCCCACGGCCUUAACUAUCUUCAUAGUUUCACAGAGCCUGCUUACGUGCAUAAGAACAUAAAGAGCAGUAAUAUUCUGCUCAACAGAGACACGAGGGCCAAGAUUGCCAACUUCGGGCUUGCAGGGCCAGCUACGGGUCAGGUGAAAACGACAAGUGGUAGCUCCCAUACGACGACUCACGUGGUGGGAACUAGAGGUUACGUGGCUCCAGAGUAUCUGGAAAAUGGGAUUUCGACCCCGAAGAUCGACAUCUAUGCUUUUGGAGUGGUGGUUUUGGAGUUGUUGAGUGGGAAAAAUGCUUUGAUUGGGAGAGAGAAUGGAAGACAAGUGUUGCUAUCGAAAACCAUAGUGGAGAUCAUGGAAGGAGAUGAAGCAGAAGCCAAGCUUGAUUUGUUCAUUGAUCAUGGCCUUAAGGAAUAUCACAGAUAUGCAGAGUUUGCCAUUCGAGUUGCUAAAUUGAGUGUCGCAUGCUUGAAGCUGCAACCGGAGACUAGGCCAAGCAUGGGAGAUGUCAUUUCAACUCUCACCAAAAUUCAGGCAGAUUUACAUAAAAAAUGAAUUACCUGACGUGUGUGUAAUAUAAGUUUUUUUUUUAAUUACAUUAAGUUGUAUUAUUGUAUAUUUUUUAGCUUUUUUCUUUUUAGGUGAUUUCCACGAAGGAAACGAAUUUUUGUGACCUUGGAAUACACUUCUCCUCCUUCGUAAAUUUGGGUCCAGGCCUUGACCAAAGACUCCUUAUCUCAAUCGUCUUGUCUUUCUGGUAAAUUAAUGAGAAAUUAUAAGGAAAUAAACAUAAAAGAUGUAGUAUAUUGUGAUUA